AUGUUGACGGCUAUCCUCGUGUGCGUCUUGUCUACGUCACUGAUGACGUCAGCUGAGCCCCUCAGGAAGAAGCGCCAAACUGGCCCAAUGGGAGGAGGAGGCGUGGGGGGUAUGGGUGGCAUGGGUGGCAUGGGAGGCAUGGGAGGCAUGGGAGGCAUGGGUCCUUUGGGAAGUUUCUACUACAACUAUAUGGAGGGUGAUUUUGUGUCGGGUCGCUGUGGGCCGAAAACUCCCAGAGAGUGGAGUUACGUGAUGGCACACGAAGCCCUAGAGCUUAUGGUUGGACCCAAGCCUUGUUUCUGUGUGCUGCCAGGCGAAUGCGAAUCAACCCCAGUGCCCUCAGGGCACUCCGAUUGCAACGGUUCGACUGCACCUCCCAUGAUGCCAUUCGGAUAUACUCAACUGCACCUAAAUGCAGCAAACCGUGCGGGCCUUGGUGCCCCUGGAUUGCCACAAGGACAGCCCCCAAGCCAGGUGUAUCAGGGUCAAGCCGUGUACACCAGGAGCCAGCAACCACCUGCCAAUCCCAUGGGUCAGCCGGUCUUCGCGUUUCAGCCAUCUCGCCCUUAUUUGAACAGGAUAAAGCGGCAGGCUAUGGGACAGCAGUCUAACUACCAGCCCGCCUUCGUGCCGGAUUUAUCGCGCAUUCGGCCAGGCCAGCAAGCGUACAUGCCGCCACAGACGUACCGACAACAACAACAAACAUACCUACAGCAACAACAGAUGCAGCCAGGUCUGUACCCCCAGCAGAGGUUCUUGUCGCCACAGCAGGCACGAGCUGGGCAGCAUGCGGGUAUCCAGAACCUGCUCAUGGCCUUAGAUCCACCAGAUCCCCCGGACAUGCCAGAUUUUUACAUACGGACCACGCCAUUGCCUUGGUCCCAGCCCGGCCGAGCUUUGCCUCAGCCUGGCCCUCAGCUGAACAAGCCCGCGGCUGCUAACGUCAACGCCCCCAACCCAGAGAUGUUUCAGCCUCCAGCCCCGCCAUCGCCUCCACAGUUCUUCUCUCCCCCUAUGAAUCCUCCAGCUCAGGGGGCAAUGUCACCGCAGCAGAUCCGAAACUUAGCCAAUCUGCCUAUGCUAAGAGGCAUAGAUACAAUCUGUUUCUGUACGGACAGUUCCACGUGUUUGCUCUUGGAGGGGAAUAUGGAGUACACGUUUGGUAACCAAUGCUCUGUGGCUCCACCGCCAAACAUGCCCCCUCCAAGGACAGCAGAGGUGUGCUGCUGUAUGGGAUAG